AUGGCUAUAAGGGGCUGUAACAGCGAGCUUUUCAUAUAUCUUCAAGCAUAUUUUGUGACAAUUGCCACCAUACUUGGCACAGGAAUAUUAGGUCUUCCAGUUAUGCUUAGCAGAUCUGGGUUGUACCCUUUUCUGGUGACCUUCGUCAUUGAUGCUUUUGUGCAAUCCUUACUAGUAUGUUUCUUUGUUGACCUACUUCAGAGGGCAGUAGUGGCACAGCACCAGUACCAAGGGGAGGAGAGUAUGCCUCUGAAUGCAAUGUUGGAAGAAGACAUUGCACUGGUGUCAGAUGAUGAUGAUGGAUCCUCAAAUGUUCAAUUCACAGGUGCCAUCAUGAAAGGGAAAAUGCUGCACAUUCGGGAGAUCCCUGUAGUUCAGACUCCAAACCUGCAUCUUUUGGGAAAGCUGUUUUUGGGCUGUGGACUGUCACAGGCUUUUGAUGUCAUUAUCAUCCUUCAGUUUAUUGCUCUUCUCAUCUGCUAUGCUCUUGCUGGAAGUGAAGCUUUUGCCCAGCUGAUUGGAAUUCACCACUUUUAUGUGAUACCUGUUUUUGUGUGGGUUUUAACACUGGCCAUAGUGUUUGCCCUUCAGCUAAUUAAGUCUGUGGUGUCCUUCCUCACUUUUAUCAAGGGGACUCUACUCUUGGGAACCGCAGCAGUGACAUUUUAUGUGGGUCUCACCGUAGCUGAAACAGUUAGCAAUGACUUCGCUUCAUGUUGGAGCUCCAUUUCUCAUGGGAACUGUGUUGUCAACACAAUGCCAUAUACAUUUGAAAAAAUUGCCUUCAAGAAAAAGCAGAUAUCCAAGUACCAUGCUGCUGUACAGGCAGGCCUGUGGACAUGUGUGUUACUAAACAUCAUCUGGUGCUGGACAGUGCUAGAAAUUGUGCCUCAGACUGUUGCCAAAGAAUGUGCAGCAGAAAGUGCCAGGCUCAGGCUGCAUGUGAAUUCUACUGCCAGAGAAGAAUCUAGUUACACUUGUGUUGGAGAAAUGUCUCUGGAGAGCGCUGCGGCCAAGGGUGAAAUUUCCACAAUUCCACUGACAAAACUGCUCAAGCGGGAUCAUCCACAUUUUACCUGGGUUGCAAUUUUAAUUCAGGUCUUUAUUCUGGUCAGCAUUUCUGUCUCUUACCUGACCAUAGGAACGGCUCUUCAUCACACAUUGAGUGGCAUCGUGCAGACAGUCAUUGUCAAAAAACAUAGGACCAGCUCUGAUAAAUCAAAAGUUAACAAGAAGUCAACAGGAGAAUGGUGUAUGAGGACAGUAAUCUCUCUAGCUGCAUUUGCUCUAGUCUUUGCUGUUGCCAUGAUGGAUCCUGAGGGUUUCAUUGACAUCUUAGAGAAACUGGUCUCUUUUACCCUGAAUGCCGAAGUGGGCCUGUUUAUAUUUCUGAUGCUGGUGUUUUCCAAGCGUGGUUCUUACAGAAACCUGGAAAUUCCUUUGCCCACACCAAGGUUUAUAUCCUACCUGGUGUUCUUCCUGCCAUUGUUUUUCAAUUUUGCAGUUUUCUUUGACAUCUAUGACACAACAAUGAGCAUCAUCUACCCUCAACAUUAUCAGACCAGUUUGGUAAUAAAUACCACCACGGAGCCUCCAGACUCCACCUUUUCUAUGUUUGCCACCAUAACCGACACCAACAUUACCGACACCAACAUUACCGGCACCAACAUUACCGGCAGCUUCUCUACUCCAGGCCACUGGCCAAACUUGGAAAAUAGCACAGUUUUGCCAGCGUAA